UGCGGGGGUGCGGGGCGAGGCGUGCCCGCCGCGGGGAACGGGAGAGCGAGGGGUAGGAGCAUCGCGGUGCGGGUCUGGCGCUGGCGCGGCGUCUCCUCCGCCCCCUCGUGAGCCUGGGGAACCUGCAGCUCAAAGCCGCCGCCAGCCACGCCAGCAUGUACCCCGGCAACAAGAGGAAAAAGCUCUGGCGGGAGGAGAAAGAGCGUUUACUGAAGAUGACUUUAGAAGAAAGACGCAAAGAGUACUUAAGGGAUUAUGUUGCAUUGAAAAAUAUUCCAACAUGGAUGGAAGACUUAAAAAGUAAGAGCGAAAGUGAUGGUGAAAAUACUAAAGAUGAUCUGCAGGGGAAGAAAAGUCUGAGCGAGAAAGUUUCUCUCUAUAGAGGUGACAUAACACUGCUUGAGGUUGAUGCCAUCGUUAAUGCUGCUAAUUCCAGCCUUCUUGGAGGUGGAGGAGUGGAUGGCUGCAUACACCGAGCUGCUGGGCCCUGCUUAGUCGCUGAAUGUCGUAACCUGAGUGGCUGUGAGACUGGACAAGCAAAAAUUACAUGUGGAUAUGACCUACCUGCAAAAUAUGUGAUCCAUACUGUUGGGCCAAUCGCAAGAGGCCAUCUCACUGAUGAUCAUAAAGAAAACUUGGCAAGUUGCUAUAAAUCCUCUCUGAAACUGGCAAAAGAAAACAACAUUAGAUCAAUUGCAUUUCCCUGUAUUUCAACAGGAAUUUAUGGUUUUCCAAAUGAGCCUGCUGCUGUCAUUGCCCUUAACACUAUUAAGGAAUGGUUAAGCAAGAAUCACAGUGAGGUGGAUCGUAUCAUCUUCUGCGUUUUUUUGGAGAUUGACUACAAAAUUUUCAAGAAGAAAAUGGGCGAGUUUUUCCCUCUAGAUGAUGCUAAUGAAGAAGGGACUGAGCUGAGUGAAGAGACAGAAGGAUUGGAACAAAAAGACCAGCAUCCAUCUCCUACAAAGAGCAAAGCAGAGCAGCCUGAGGAUCUGCAAGAUGAUGCUGAAGGUGGUAACAGCACAGAGGAGAAGCAAAACACUGAAGAAACCGAGAUCCAAAGCAGAGAAACAGAUGAGACAAAAACUUCAGCUGAAGCCAGCCUGUCAUCAUCAGAAGAAACAGAGCUGAGUGAGGAUAAAGACUCCCUGAAAGAUUCCAAAGGUGCACAGGAGAGUGACCCAGUGCAUCCUGUGGGAUGUGAACAAGAUCAGGCAGAAGGAGAACAGGAUGUUUCUGCAGAGGAGAUGAAAACUGCAGCAGAUUCCCAAAGCUCCUGCAUGGAAAUAGAAGAGCCAUUGCUGAACCAAGAAGACACAACUGAAGCUGAGAUACCUUUGAUUCAUGAUGCAGAGGAAAAAGAAGAAGGAGGGAAAGAAGAAGGAGGGAAAGAAGAAGGAGGGAUGCAAGAGAAAGAGGAAACUUCUGAGGAGCCUAUGAAAGUUGACCUCACUUGUGAAGCAGCAGAUGUUUCAAAUAAGGAUGCUGAAAUGAAUAGUCAAGUUGAAAGUAUAAAUGAUCCUACAGAAACAGAGCAGGAAGGUUAAGCAGCAGCAAAGGAAGUAUGCAGGAGGGGAGAAACCCGACGGGCAGGCGCUGACAUCCUACGGCAUCAUUCUUGGCAGAAAGAGCACGCAGAGAUGCUCUGCGGGUUGGGAGGGAGGGAGCUUUGGGGAAAUGACAUUUUGCUUUAAUUUCUCUUUGUUCUUCAUUGCAUUUUGUCCUGUACGCCUGUUGGAAAGAAACAUCACUUCCCAGUUCUAACAAUGUUUUGCAAUUAUCCCUGUAAUUACAACAGUUUCUCCUGAACUGUGAGUCCCUGUCUUAAUAUUGGGUCUCUCUUCCUCCUGCAUUUUAUCAUCAGUAGCCUGUUUCCAGGCCCACUCGUUUUCUAGCAUCUUUAUCUUCUUUCCUAGUUACGGUACUGACUGCAGGCAACCUGUGGGAGCCAGUUUAUUCUUCAUGGCAUCAUCACCACAACCUUUCUAAAAAAAACCCCUAUUCCCUAGGAUAUAAAUGGAAAUUUUCUUUGAGAACAUGAACUGCCACAAAGGAUUAUAAUCCACACACACUGAUAAACAAUCCCUCCUUGUGCUAGGGAUUUGAAACACUAAAUGCUCCAAAAUCUCAGAAAUAUUGAUAGAGACAGCCCUGCACGUUGCCUACCUCCAGUCUCAUCGAUCGGCAGCUCCUCCCAGCACCCGCCAGCUAGUUGCCAUAUCCAAACACCGACUGCUUAGAAUAGGCACUGGCCAGAUUCUCUUGAGCCCGUACUAGAAGCAGAGUUUGUGCAUUAAGUCUAUCAUCCCUACGCCUUGGGAUUGCCCGUGGCUCUGCCCUUCACCUUUCUCUCUGGCAUAGAACAGGUAAAUCUCAACCAGCCUACCCUGUGCCAUCUCCCUCUGUGGGUCCUACACGUGAAUAAUGCACAUGGCCUCGAACAGCCAGCACCCCACAUCAGCCUGCUCUCUUCUGGUUAGCUCCAUGCACCUCAAAAUCAGUGCCAUACGUACAACUUUCAGGUGCAGGUAGACAACAGAUAUUUCCUCGAGCCUGCGAGUGACAGAGAAUAACAGGCACUCUACAUUCAAGGCAUCUUUAAAUAUGGCUCCCAGCUUUAACAACUUCACACCGUAUCUUGUGUGAGCCCUCAUUAUAUUUUCUACUGCAUAUGCAUGAUUUCUUUUUUUUUUAAUUUUUUUUAAAGCAAUUAACAGAUAUUUGGAUAAGAAUGUCUCACCAUAUGUCAAUUGUUCUGCCAGCAAAUGCUGCACUGAAAUUUUUAGAAAAGGAACAAAAGGGUUUCACAUACAUUUCCCAGCUGUCCUGUAACCAAAACUGAUAGACAAUACACUCAAUGGAAGAACACGCAACCUGUGUCUAGGGUGUGAUAUGCUACAAAUUGUAUUUUAAAAUGCUGCUGAUAAUAAUUUGAUCACUGUAAGCAAAGUAAUUGAUUCUGGUUUGAGGUUUUUUUCCUCCCAAAUAUGCAUGGAUCCCAAAAUAUUUAUUUAAUAGCUGGCAAAAAAAAAAAAAAAGAAAAAAAAGAAAAGGGAAAAAAGAGAUAAGAAAGAGAAAAAGAUAUAGCUCUGUCUUCCUGUGAUCUGGUUUUAUCCCAGAUAGAGAAGAUUUGAUGAUAAGUUGCUGGUGUAACAGUGACUCAAAUGUGGCCCUUAUUUACCUAGCACUGGCUAUGGCAGUUGAUGCCUGCCAUUGUCUGCAGGUUAAUCUGAAAGGAUGUCAAGACAAACAAAGUUUAGAAAGGAAAGCAAGAAAAGCCCCAGGUUUCACCUAGAGAGUACAGCCCCUGUCUCCCUGUGUGUGGCUCCAGUGUGUUUUCUUGUGGUGGGAUCAGAAGAGUGUUUCCGUGUGCUGGCUCCUGUGGUGUUUUAACCCAGGUGACACUAGCAUCAGAGAUCUCAAGGAACUUCUUUGUCACCCAUUUGUCUUGGAGAUCAGUGGAUGCAUAGCUCUGUAUUGGAUGAACUGCAGAAGGGAUAAAUGAGCCAACAUAAGCCUAUGAACUGGGUUUAAAAUAUUGCUAAGUUUAUCUAAAUUUGCUAGAUACCACUCGUCUAGGCAUUGUUCUUCUCAGAGGACCCUUGAAAGGACUCCUUGUUCCCUUUGAGAUGUGUCUGCUGCUUUUCUUGCCCAUGUCUGGCAUCAUGCAUGACAGAACAUGUCUUUUGGGGCAUGGAUUAUUUUUUCCCUGCUGUUCCUUCACUGAUUGCAGUUUUGCAGUAGAGGUUUUGCGAGUGGUACCUCUGCAUGGUGCACAUCUUAUGGGUUUCUGUAUGAUUUCCACAGCAGGUGGUUUUGGUUGAAACAGCCUGUCAUGAUAGGUGUAAGAGAAACAGAUAAAUACCUCUACGAAAGGGAGAAUCAACAUGUUAGGUGUCUCUCCUCAGUUUCUCUUUUGUGUGGUUGUUGUGAAAAGAUCAGGAUUGAAGGGCUUCCACAAUCUAGGUAAGUGAGGGCACUGACCCUGCAGGGCCAGGAAUAAACUUGGCAAGCUCAGCUUUGAGCUGUAUGAAAUGUUGAAGAGAUCUGAGGUGGCCACGUCCUGAGCCAAGGUGAACUGAGCUUCACAGAGCUGAGAAAACUUCAGUCAAUGGAUUAACCGGUCCCCUGAGUCUAGCUCUGCUCUUCUUUCUGUCAUGCUGGCCCAUGGACAACAUUAUUGGAGCUGUAGGUUGCCAUAAGCUGCACACUGCCUUUCCCUCUCACCAUUGCUAGCCUUUGUUUUAGUGACUGAGCCAAAGGCAAAGCCCCACAGGAGGCCGGCUGCCAAGGUAUUGACAGUUCAACAGGGAGACAAAGACCCCUUAAACUCCUUCUGAAGUCAGGCCAAUAGUUAAAAAAAAGAAAAAAAAAACCCCAAAAAACUGUGAAGACUUAUCACAUUAGGCACUCUCCAACGCCUGACAGUAAUUUCAUUGCACUUUUCAUUUAAACUUGGUCCUUGAACAGCAGCGAGUCUUUGAAACCAUGAACCGUUUACCCAAGGAUGCAGCAGAAAAGCGUGAAACCUGGGUAGGAAGUGUAAAGCAAGGAGCUAGUUGUAGGAGCUGGUUAAAUCCUUACAGAACAAUUUGCACUUGCAUCUAUAUCUGUCUUUCUUCAGGUGGGUUUUGGUUUGAGUUGUGGGUUUUCAUCAGUCAUUGAGUAUAGUUUGGCAGUAUGAAUUUUUCAACUGAAUUAGUAGUCAAAGCUAGACCCAUGCCCCUCAGUACAGUCUCUUCUGCCUUUGCUGGAGCUGCGGAAAUGCAGGGAACUGGUUUUGUAGAAGAGCAAGCAUCAGACCAAGAAUCACCCCACAGGGAUUUAUGUCAAGGAUUUUGGUUUAAACCUGAAAUGUGUUUGCAGUAGAUGGUGUAAAGGGAAUAAUAGCCCUUUGAUGCUGUGGUUUGCAUACAAAGUAUUGGGCUCUGCUUCAUCAUUGCUUUUCCUAUGUCGCAAAGUGCUCAUCCCUACCGUAAGGUCUAAUGUCCCUCAGGCUGGUAGCUGCUCCAAUGACGAAUGGGUUUCCUUCCAUACAGACAUCCAAAGGGGAUGUUUGAGACUAUGAUCUGUAGUAAUAGGUCACACAUUCAUUGCAGCUAAUUGUCAAUCUUUCUAUAAAACACUGAGAAAGCCUCUCUGUGAAUUAACACUGUUUUGCUUUAGACUUUUGACAGAAAAUAUACACAUCAAAAACCCUUUUCUCUAUAUGCAGUGCAUGCCGGCUUUGCAUUUAAAAUAACUAUCUAUCUUAACAGAGUGCGUGGAUCUAUUUUCUCGGGGAAUGGGGUUUUUAUCAUAUGAUUCAUCCAGGAUUUGCCUUACCCUGACAUUUGUGAUAUAAAGAAAGGUUUAAAAAAAAAAUUAAAAAUUAAAAAAUUUUAAGAGGUAAUUUUCUUGAUCCAAAAAUAUGUUUUUACUGCAAUGCAAAGAAAUGUAGACUGUUGCUUGCAAAAUGUCUUCUAAUAGAUGAUCUAGCAGCUCUAUUGGUUAACACAUACCUCUUCUGUUACUCUAUCAUAAUUUACAUGCUGAAUUUGCCUCUUAAUCUGUUAUUUUUCCUUUUGUCUGUGCCAUGCGUUGGAAAACUUAAAGAACUGAUGCCUUCAUACUACAAUGUUUGUUGAAGCAAAACAUUAAUAAAGC